AUUCAAGCUCCCGGUUCCGAUAAUUUAGACACCUUCAUGUCAUCAUUCAGUGGUUUUGUUUCUUCAACUUUUUCUUUUUUGUAAAAUUAUCCAUAAUUUAAUAUGGAAGUCUUUAACAAACUUUAUACCCAAGUUAGUAGCUCUGUUAGCAGUACUGUCUCACAAUUGUCCGGUGUUCUACCUGGAAAUCCAGUCACAAGAGAAUUCGAUGCCAGUUCUCAUAUUGCAUCUGGAGGCCCUGGGCUACUCUGGAAGAUUUAUAAAGGCUUUAAACGAUCUACAAAACAAGAAGCUGCUAUAUUCGUCUUGGAAAAGAGACAACUGGAUAAAUUUAGUAAGUCUGACAAAGAAAUGGUUUUAGAUGGUCUUCGCCGUGGUGUGUCACAACUGACAAAAAUAAGACAUCCACGAAUAUUAACUGUUCAACAUCCAUUGGAAGAAAGCCGAGAGAGCUUAGCGUUCGCGACUGAACCAGUUUUUGCAAGUUUGGCGAAUAUUUUAGGGGAAACUGUUAAUAUGCCUCAGCCUGCGAAUUUGUCAGACUACAAAUUUUAUGAUAUCGAGAUUAAGUUUGGCUUACUUCAAAUCGGGGAAGGAUUGGCUUUUUUACAUAAUGAUGUAAAGUUACUUCAUAGAAAUAUUUGUCCGGAAAGUAUUAUAAUUAAUCAGCAAGGAGCUUGGAAAGUAUUUGGUUUCGAUUUUUGCGUUCAUAACAUUGGCACGAAUCAGGCAUUUUAUCCAUUUCAGCAGUAUGACUUUACCCUACCAUGUGUGUCCCAGCCCAAUCUAGAAUAUGUCGCACCCGAAUACACUUUAACAGAAACGCAUUCCACAAGUAGUGAUUUGUUUUCAUUAGGCAUGUUAGCUUACGUUUUACAUUCUUUAAACCAUCAUACAUUAGUACCUGCAAAAGAUUGGCAGCAAUUUAAAAACAGGCCUCAGCAGCUAAAGACAUUAUCUAACAACAAAUUGCAAUGCCUACCAGAUAGUUUAAGGGAGUAUGUAAAAAUGAUGUUAAAUGUAGUACCGGAAUUACGACCUGAUGCACACCAGUUUAUUAAGAUUCCAUACUUUGAAGAUGUGGGAGUCAAAACGUUGACUUACUUGGAUUCUCUGCUUCAAUGGGAUAAUUUACAAAGGUCGCAGUUUUACAAGGGUUUACCAGAGGCUCUCUCAAAAUUACCUCAACGUGUACGUGUUCAGCAGGCUCUGCCGUGUCUUACUCGAGAUUUAGCUCAACCAACCAUGAUUCCUUUUGUUCUUCCCAGUAUUCUUGACGUUGCAGAGGAGUGCAACGAAGCGGAAUAUGUUACUAAAAUAUUACCGCAUUUGAAACCUGUCAUGAAGUUGGUGAAUCCAAUUCAGAUAUUACUGAUCUUUCUGCAACGUAUGGAACUCCUCUUAAAAUUGACACCAGCAACUGACAUUCAGCAACACGUGUUGCCAAUGCUAUACAGAGGAUUAGACUCAGAUACACCGCAGAUACACGAGCUGUGUUUAUCGGUGUUGCCGACAUUUGCUGGACUAUUAGACCACGGCAAUGUGAAAAACAGUGUAUUACCUCGUAUAAAGAAAUUGUGCCUAUCCACGUCGACAUUAUCUGUUCGUGUAAAUUGUUUAUUGUGUAUUGGGCGACUGCUUGAGCAUCUGGACAAGUGGCUUGUCUUAGAUGAAGUUUUACCAUUCCUACCACAAAUUCCCUCCCGUGAACCGGCAGUUAUUAUGGGAAUAUUGGGAAUAUACAAAUUAGCGAUGACUCACAAAAAAUUAGGUAUAACAAAAGAGAUCAUGGCUACCCGUGUUCUUCCUUUUCUUAUUCCAUUAUGCAUCGAAAAUGGGUUGACACUACAACAAUUUAAUGCUUUGGUCGCUUUAGUCACACAGAUGUUUCAACUCGUUGAAUCUGAGCAUCGCACCAAAUUGGAGCAACUCAACACUGUACAAGAACAUCAAAAAAUACUUGAAAAUAGCAUGCCAACGAUUGUUCCUAAAUCUACAGCUUUGGAAACAAUCUUUACUGAUUUUGGCCUUGAUAACAUUCCACCACCGGCACCUAAUAAUCAAAGCAAGUCUGCAUCUGCUCUUACCUUACAAGAAAAGCAGAGAAUUCUAAAUCAACAAGACACCGUGAAAAUUUUACAGAAUCAAACGAAGCUCGAUCCCAUACCAAUUACUACAAAUACAUCCCAAGUGCAACCUGUAAAUUUAACCAACACAUUAUCACCAAUAGCCCCACCGCCAUGGUAUAAUCCUAGCGCAUCAUCACGUACAUCCAACACCUUCACAAGUUCAUCAAAUCAUACUUCCCAAGCUAGUUCAAAUUUUCAAGCAUUUCAAUUAAGUCAUUCAGCAUCCGCAAAUUCUAGCAAUUCACAUAAUGAUCAAUUUGGAUUGUCCAAAAUGAAUAAAGCGCCUACCAUGGCAAGUUUUCCAAGUCAAAAUUUUCAGCCUUCAUUUCAUUCUCCAAAUUUAUACACAACACAAAAUGUUAUGAAGCCUUCAUUCACUUCAAAGAAUACACAAAGUGGUAGUAUAUCAUUAUCGAAAGAUGAAAUAAUGGAUUUUUUGAAAUAAUUUCAAACGCCUAAUCUAAAUCGAGGUAAUUCCAGCCAAUUUAAUCAAUUCCCCUUGAUAACGUUGUAUUUAUGUAAUAUGUGAUACAUUUGUAGCCAUGUGGAAAUAUAUAGGUAGGAUUUGUGCCGUGCUGUGAAAUUUACAUUUUCCAAGUACUAUUUAAGAUUGUAAUUUAUAUAUUGGACGUAAAUUAAAAAAAUAUUUAUUAAUA